AUCUCUAGUGAUUAUCAGCACUUUGGAUGGACGAAUUGCUGCACUGGAUCCAGAAAACAGAGGGAGAAAACAGUGGGAUCUGGAUGUGGGAUCAGGUUCUCUUGUGUCAUCCAGUCUCAGUAAACCAGAGGUAUUUGGAAACAAGAUGAUAAUCCCUUCCUUGGAUGGCGACCUUUUCCAGUGGGAUCGGGAUCGAGAGAGCAUGGAAGCAGUUCCCUUCACAGUUGAAUCUCUUCUCGAGUCAUCCUACAAAUUCGGCGAGGACGUUGUCUUGGUUGGGGGAAAGUCUUUGACCACCUAUGGGCUGAGCUCCUACUCAGGGAAGGUGAGGUACAUCUGCUCGGCCAUGGGCUGUCGUCGGUGGGAUGACGAGGAGACAGAGCAGGAGGAGACGCUGCUGCUACACCGAACCCAGAAAACAGUCCGUGCUGUGGGACCACGCAGCGGCAAUGAAAAGUGGAAUUUCAGUGUUGGUCACUUUGAGCUGCGCUACGUCCCAGAUAUUGAAACUAGAGCCGGAUAUAUUGAGAGCAAUUUUAAAUCAAGUAUGAACAAAGAAGAAACCAAAAUCAUUUCAGAUGUGGAUGAGCAGGAAGCUAUGAUGAAAGAUACAGUGAUAAAGGUCUCAGUAGCUGACUGGAAGGUGAUGGCUUUUAACAGACGAGGAGGACAUCUGGAAUGGGAAUACCAGUUUUGCACUCCAAUUGCUUCUGCCUGGCUGGUUAAGGAUGGCAAAGUGAUUCCAAUCAGUCUGUUUGAUGACACAAGUUACACCGCAAACAGUGAAGUACUGGAAGAUGAAGAAGACCUUGUGGAAGCUGCCAGAGGGGCCACCGAAUCCAGUGUCUAUUUGGGUAUGUACAGGGGCCAGCUGUAUCUUCAGUCAUCAGUCAGAAUUUCUGAGAAAUUCCCAACCAACCCAAAGGCUCUGGAAUCAAGGAACGAUAAUGCAAUUAUUCCUCUCCCCAAAAUCAAGUGGAAACCUUUAAUCCAUUCUCCUUCCAGGACUCCAGUGUUGGUGGGGUCUGAUGAGUUCGAUAAGUGUCUCAGCAACGACAAAUAUUCUCAUGAAGAGUACAGCAAUGGAGCACUUUCAGUUCUGCAAUACCCAUACGAUAAUGGUUAUUACUUACCCUACUACAAGAGAGAGAGAAAUAAACGUAGCACCCAGAUCACUGUUAGAUUUUUCGAGGAUACAAAUUACAAGAACAUUCGCAAAAAGGAUCCUGUUCUUCUGCUUCACUGGUGGAAAGAAAUUGUUGGCACCAUUGUAUUUUGCAUUGUGGCCACAACUUUUAUUGUACGCAAACUUUUCCAUCCCCAUCCUUACAGCAGACUGCGGAAGGAGUCUGAAACACAGUGUCAGACUGAUAAUAAAUACGAGCCCACUUGUGGAGAUGUUAAAGACAGCAGCUGGAGCGACGUCAAGAACUCUGGAUACGUGUCAAGAUACCUGACAGAUUUUGAACCAAUUCAGUGUCUGGGUCGUGGAGGUUUUGGAGUAGUUUUUGAAGCCAAAAAUAAAGUGGACGACUGCAACUAUGCUAUCAAAAGGAUCCGUUUACCUAACAGGGAGCUGGCUCGUGAAAAGGUGAUGAGGGAAGUCAAGGCGUUGGCCAAACUCGAGCAUCCAGGUAUUGUUCGGUAUUUCAACGCGUGGCUGGAAGCUCCACCUGAGAGAUGGCAGGAGAAGAUGGAUGAACAGUGGUUAAAAGAUGAAAGCACUGAUUGGCCCCUCAGCUCUCCCAGUCCAAUGGACGUCCCAUCGUUUAAGAUCAGAACAGAGCCGUUUUCUGCAAAGGAGCACAUUGAAGUUAUUGCCACUUCAUCGGGGAGGGUGAGGUCUGUGGGAAUACCCUGUGGGCAGUCUGAUUCAUCCGGAAGCCAGUUUUCUCCUCUGGAGUUUUCUGCCACGGAUAACAGGGACCUCCACCAGUCUGAAGAUCCACUAUUAAACCUUCAGGACAGCGUCCUCACAGGCUGCGAUGUAGAAGACAGUACCAUCAACAACAACGAGCUGGGUCACUCCUUGGAAAUCUGUUCUUCAGCUGUUCCUGUUGCGCACCUGAGGGAAGGAACCUCCUCCUCUAUUGUGUUUGAGGAUUCUGGUUGUGGAAAUGCCUCUAGUAAGGAAGAGAAGAUUGAUGUUUCGCAUGAUGAAAGUCUUUCGGAUAAGGCAAAAAGUACAAAGGAAUCCGAUAACAAGAAAUCUGCUUCAGGAAGUCCCCUCUCUGUUUCUCCACCAAGGCCAACAAGUUUAAGCCUGGACCUUUCUAAAAAUAUUACAGAAAAAGUCAAGCCCACCUCUCCAAAGGUGUAUCUUUACAUCCAGAUGCAGCUCUGCCGGAAAGAGAACCUUAAAGACUGGAUGAGCAGAAGAUGCAUGAUAGAGGAGAGGGAAAGGACAGAGUGUCUGCAGAUAUUUCUGCAGAUAGCUGAAGCUGUUGACUUUCUGCAUAGCAAAGGAUUAAUGCACAGGGAUCUCAAGCCUUCCAAUAUCUUUUUCACGAUGGAUGACAUAGUGAAGGUUGGGGAUUUUGGACUGGUGACUGCAAUGGACCAAGAUGAGGAGGAGGAAUCGGUACUUACCCCAAUGCCAGCUUAUGCCAGGCACACGGGACAAGUGGGGACCAAACUCUACAUGAGCCCAGAACAGAUCUGUGGGAACACCUAUUCGCACAAAGUGGAUAUCUUCUCUUUGGGACUGAUUCUCUUCGAGCUGCUUUACCCUUUCAGCACGCAGAUGGAGAGGGUCAGGACCUUAAGUGAUGUUAGAAAUUUGAAGUUUCCACCACUGUUCACUCAGAAAUAUGCACAGGAGUACACCAUGGUGAAGGAGAUGCUCUCUCCAAGUCCCACUGAAAGACCAGAGGCUGCAGCAAUCAUAGAAAAUCCCGUAUUUGAAGACUUGGAGCUCCCACCAAAACCAGUGCUUAGGCAGAGGUCACGGACAAUGAGUUUAUCAGGAAAUAAGCAUUCAAGACAACCAAGCAAAUAA